UCUUUAUAAAGUUAACAUUUUAAAAGGUUAGGGCAGGUUCAGGGCGACAGACGUUUACCUUGUCAGCUGGGACAUUCGAUCUUGCAAUCUUUCGGUUGCUAGUCCAGCGCUCUAACCACUAGGCUACAUGACUCCCUGGCUAUCUGCCGUAACCUUUUAAAAUGUUAACUUUAUAAAGAUAAAUAGUAAUGGCGUCUUUUUGUAGGCUCUAACUCCGCUAUGGUUUGUCGUAUGGUUUUUGGAUAAACGACAAAAAAUAAGGUAUGUUGAAAACACAGGUUUAGGAGAUUUUAUACGCUUUGUUCUAUGAGAUAAUCUAAGAGGGGUAUGUACGUCCCAAGGAUUCAGGAUAGCAAGGACCCUCACAGAAAGGCCAUCAUUGCUAUAUGUUUUUGUUCCGACAAGCUGUUUACCUGGGGAAUACUAUUUACGCGCACAGGAAGAGAUGUCAUGCAGUUGUCAGCUGAUCAGUCGAAGGAAAUGUUUGAUGCUAGCAGAGGAAUUGUUGUCAGUUAAAAAAAACGUGUAUCUGAUUUCGGUAUAUCGUUUCUCCAGUUUCUUAGUAGCGUGUAUUCUGGUACUUCAACAUAGAAAAAUGAUGUCGAGCGUUGCCUUCAAGCUACUCUCUCUUGUUGGUUUGUUAUUGAUGUCAACACAGACGACGGAUGCGAAGAAUUCAGAGGAUAUCCGGUGUAAAUGUACCUGCCCACCGUACAGAGACAUCGAUGGACAGAUCUACAAACAAAAUGUAUCUCUAAAGGAUUGUAACUGCCUUCAUGUUGUGGAGCCAAUGCCAGUUGAUGGAAAGGAUGUGGAGGCGUACUGUCUGCGUUGUGAAUGCAAAUAUGAGGAGAGGAGUUCUGGAACUAUCAAGGUGACUAUCAUAAUCUACCUGUCCAUCCUGGGCCUGCUGUUCCUCUACAUGGUGUACCUGACCCUGCUGGAGCCCAUGCUAAAGAGGAGGCUCUUUGGACACUCACAGCUUCAGAAUGAUGAUGAUGUCGGGGACCAGCAGCCUUUCGCCAACGCCCACAACGUAUUGUCUCGUUCGGCCUCUCGCCCCAACAUGCUGAACAAAGUGGAGCACGCUCAGCAGCGCUGGCGGAGGCAGGUCCAGGAACAGAGGAAGUCUGUGUUUGACCGCCACGUGGUGCUUAGCUAAACCCAUCCCCAGGAAACAAAAACCCUGGGUGAAGCAAAAAAUGUUACUGUGACUGGGUGUUCCCUCCUUUUUUUUUUUUUGUCUGAUUCUUUCCCCAACUUCCGAGCUUCAUCCUUAUUUGUGUUUUGUUCCUCAACUGGACCUGUAUUUCCUGAAAUGUGAUCAUAUAGCUCUAUGUAUUCAGGAGGUGAUCAUAAAGGGUCUCUACAUCAGUAGGUUGAAGUGGGGUGUUGCAUCUGAGACCUUUGGCUUAAGAUAAUGCUAGUGUCUGUAUUACUUUUUAUACUUUCUGAUUUAAUAAUACUAAUAGAAAGUUAGAUGUUACAGAAAAAACAAAAAAUCAUACCAAAAUGAAUCACUCAAACUAAUGAAAACGUCUACAAUAAAUGUAACAUCUGCUACCUAAACUACAGAAGAUGGGAAUGAGUUGGAAACAGUAGAAAUGUGUAACAUCAGUCUCUUGUCAAAAAGCAUGUUUUUUUAAGAAGUGAUGUAUAAACUUAUUUACAACCUUUUACCCUAAACAACAGUUGAUGUACAGACGUAUGCAUUUCAUUGUGUGUUGACUGUGUUGUGAACACUCCUGUAUCAUGUUCUCCUGUAAGGCUAAGUAUAAUAUAGCAUUUGGGAGACAUUUUGACUGUUAACCUAUCAUCCAAUGGUACAUUUAAUGUAAACAUUAGUCCUCUCCUUUGAAUAUAUGUGUGUUACUGUAGUCAGAGCCCUCAGCUGUCACUGUCUAGAGUAGAUAUACACCAUCUCUGCACCUUGCUUGUUUUGUUUUCAGUUUCUACUCCUCUCCAUUUAGAUACAUUUGACAUGAAUCACACAUUAAUGAGAUCCUCCUUUAUUCAAACUUUAAAUAUCUGUCAUUGUCUUAUGUUAGACAGUAUUGAGGCCACCAUCUGUCUUUUACACUGACGUAGAACAUUUUCUAAUGAUCAUUUGGGAUAGCUUGGGUGGUUGUAAAGUGGGUAGAAAAUGCUACUGUUGGGUGACCUAAUGAAAGUGUUAAAUCUUAUCUGUGAUAACAUCACAUUUGAAAUACAUUCCUGUAAUAUUUAUAAUGCUUUUGUUUAAUGCUGACAAUGUCAAAUUCCUGGACCAUCCUCCAGGAGUCGUGCUUCAACAUAAAGGGUAAAAUACA